AUGACCUCGGCGGGGGAGGCGGCCGGUUCCCCCCCGCUGCCCGCCGCGGUCGGUGGCCACCGGCGGAGCCCCCUGGACCGGCUCCCGCCCCCCGCCAACACCACAAAACCGCUGACACCCUUCGGCAUCGAGGACAUCCUGGGGCGCCCCCGCGGCGGGAGCCCCCCCGGGACCGGGACCGGUCCCGCCGCCCCCCCCGCCCCGACAGGGCCCCGAGGCGGCGGCGGCGGCUGCGCCCCGGCCUCGCCGCUCUGGGCGCUGGAGGAACUCGCCAGUAAAACCUUCCAGGGGCUGGAGCUGGGAAUGCUGCAGGCAGCCGGAGGUCCGUCCCCUCCGGGUGCCUCGGGCCCUCGCCCUCCCUGCAGGAAGCGUCGCAAGUCCCGGACCGCGUUCACGGCGCAGCAGCUGCGGGAGCUGGAGCAGCGAUUUCGGCGGCAGCGCUACCUCUCCCCGGUGGACCGGGACGCGCUGGCGGCGCGGCUGGCGCUCUCCGCCGCCCAGGUCAUCACCUGGUUCCAGAACCGCCGCGCCAAGCUCAAGCGGGACCUGGAGGAGCUGCGGGCGGACGUGGCCUCGCUGCAAGCGCUGCCCCCCGCCGCCCUGCAGCAGCUGGCCGGGCUGCCCGAGCCCCCCCCGGGGGUUCCCGGUACCGGCACCGGGACCACAGAGCCCGCCGAGCUCUCAGAGGAGGAGAUCGACGUGGCGGACUGAGCCGAACACGCUCGGCUCCGCUCGGAUCCACUCGGACCGAGACUGCUCUGUUCGGAUCCACGCGGCACCAUUCGGGCCGGCUCGGCUGAGUUCGGAUUCAAUCGGCACCAUUCGGGCCAGCUCGGCUGAGUUCGGAUUCACUCGGGUCGGUUCAGGCCGAGCCCGCUCCGUUCGGAUUCACUGGACUCCCCGUUCGGCUCCGUUCGGGUGCACUCGGGUCCGUCCGGACUGACUCGGCUCCGCCACAUCCGCUCGGCUCGGUUCCGAAAGGAGCCGAGCCCAGCCCCGCCCCCUCGGUGCACCCUUUUUCGGCUUUUUUUUUUUGUUUCGUUUUGGUUUUUUUCGUCUUUCCAUUGUUUGUUGUUUUUUGGUUUUUUUUUUUUUUU